AUUAUCAUUUAAGUUUAGUCAAAUAAACAUAGGAAGUUGCAUAAAGUUAAAUGUUUUUUGGGAAUUUUAUCUAAACAGUUUUCUCAGGCACAAAUUCAAAUUUGACAUUGUUUCUACAAAAAAAAUACCAUAGUUUGUUUUCAGGCACAAAGUUACAUUUUAACUUUGCGACAGAUGUGCUAAUAUUAGGCAUACAAUGAUUCACUUUCUCCACCAUUUACUUUAAACCUUGAAUUUUUUGUCAAGGUUUUGUUUCGUUUCAUGUUUGAUUUUUGAACUCCAAAAAAACGAAAAAUUAAAAAAAAAUAUAUUGGAUAUUAAGCAAAGAAUAAUGAAAAACUCUUCAAUUAGCUCCAUAUACUAAGCUUGGUGUAAGUAUAUUAAAAUUUAGUACAACACCUUUUUUAACUUAAACAAAUGCAAAUGUAGCAGUGUGUGUAGUUUGGUUUUAAACCAAGAAAUGUGGCAUCCCUAAAUACCUCUGAAUGUUUUGGGGCUUUGAUCAUCUGGAGUUUUAAAACACUUUGGUGGUCAUUCACGUUUGGGAAAAAUAUUGAUUUCACAAAAGUUCACAGCAGCUUCUUUCACUCACUAAUUCAUCUAGUGUUAAACGAAAUGCCAUUUUAAUCAAUAAUGUUUGAAAAUGUUGUCAUAUUUUAUUAAUGUUGUGACAACAGUUGCUAUGGGAAACUGUAAUAUAGCACUUUGUGUAGCAUGAUGAAUAAUAAAUGCAGUACAGCUACUUCAGUCACACUGGGAGGUUUUCAACUGCAAAUGAGGAACUUCUACAAUUAUGUCUUCAUGUCUGGAUCAAAGUUUUGUCAAAACUGCGGCGGUGGAGAAGGUGCUUGCACCAAUCUCCAGUCACCUUUGUCUCCUGGUGCUGCUGAGCGACAGUGAACAAGAACCAGAGCAGUUCACCCGGCUGGAGGCAGCAGCUCACGCUGUGGCCAAGGCCACUGAGAACAUGGCAGCAGUGGCCUCCAGGUACGUGGCUUUGUUUACCAAAAUCUGCUUUUGUAAAUCCAAACAAACUCAACCGACUCUCUUCAGGCAAAUUCAAGAGACAGAGGACGAUGUUUUGCACGUGGAGAUGUCCUCCCUGCUGGAGUCGGUCACCGUGUCAGGGCAGCAUGUGCUGUUGGCAGCUCAGAAACUCCACAUCCAGCCGAGUUUGACCGAGCACAGAGAGGAGCUCAUCGCUGCCACACAGAACGUCUUCCUGGGAGUGGUUAAAGUUCUGCUGGUGGAGGACGAUGCUGCUGUAAGGAGGAUAAUAGCUGUUGCUGAUCAGGUUUUGGACCGUCUCUCAGAGCUUGGUUUUUCUCCAGACAUUAAGUCUCUUUAUGAGUCGUUCCAGACGUUUUCUGAAGCUCUGAUUCUCCUCAAUAGACUUACUAUAGAUAGAGCAAAAUCCUUACAGGAUCCCAGACAGACUAAUCAGCUUCUCGACUCUUUGGAGAUGUUGAGGAGGUGCAUCUCCAUGCUACACACAGCUUUGUACACCACCAUAAAGCACCCUACAAGUGAGGAGGCCAAGGCAUCCAAGAGAUACAUUCUGGAUAAGGUGAACAGCACCAUCAGCGACAUUGUUGUAACUCUUAGAAGUGACAAAAACAACAGACAUGUGGGACCCUCUGGGUUUUUUACUGAUAGACGUGACAGUCUUUUGCAACUCCUGACGAACCCCUCCACCUCUUCCAUUCACGACAGCGGCUUGGACAGCAUGGUUCGAGAUGUCGUGUUCCACUGCAUGGCUGUCGCUAACGCUUCUCAAAGAGAGUCUCAUCACAGACUGGUGAACCACUGCCGUCACAUUCUGCAGUUCUGGUCUGACAUAAAACGGAUAUCAACUUCCUGUGAGGAUCCUGAGGAGGGAUUUGAACAGAUCUGCGGUUUGAUGGUCCAACAAAUACAAAUGCUCGAUUCAACCUUGAUGACCGCGGUUCUUUAUCAAGUCUUGGACACAUUCUUAGUGGCAUCGUCAGUCGUGGAUGAGCUGUCAGAAGCGACCAGCCAGAUGUUGGCUUCAGAUUCUGGUUUAAAUUUAGAUUUGACUUGUAUUCAGCCUUUUGUUGAGGAUUUCAUAACAGUUACUGACAGAAUAAUCCUAGUAUUAAACUUUGUUUCAGCCAUCGCUGUAGAUGUAAAGAGUUUAGAGAGUGUGGAAAACUCAAGAGUGUCUUUUACAAGACUGAGAGCCCUAAUCGCGUCUUUGUCUCUAGAGUUGGACGAUGAAUCAAUACAAACUGUCCAAAAGCUCCAUGAUGCAUGCAAGAAAUGGGAGGAGGAGGCUAGUGAACUGCAAGAAUGUCUCAGUGAUGUUGUGGAUGUAAAGGAGUUCACUAGUCUUGCCAUCAGCGAGAUGGUCAAUGACCGUCAUGGAUGUGACACAGCAUACAGAGAACAGAGCUAUAAACUCUUUGACAAAUACGCCAAACACCUGGUCUGCCACAUGAAGCUGGUGAUUCCGUCAGUGAAGAGACAUUUGGACCGAAGCGAUAACCCCAUCUACAGGAACGGUCUGCUGGUCCUGCUCAAGCAGGUUCGGGACUCUCAAACCAAAGUGAUGGAGUCCAUCAGAGACAUGCUGGUUGGUUCCACCUUAAACGUGGAGAGAUGCUCCUCUUUUACAAAGAAUGUUUCUACAGUCAUUCAGCAAUUUAAGGUGCUCAGAGAGGGACUGGACGGCAACCAGCACCCGCAUCUGUUGAGCCCGCUGAGAGAGGCGGCACGUGAGCCUGACAUCUCCCAGUCGUCUUUACCUGUCCAGGACACCUGUGAAAUAAACCCAGAGUGUGAGUUUGAGAGCCAGCCUGUAGUUGAGGUGAAAGAAAAAGAUUCUCACACCAAACACGAGGAGGACAUCAAAAAUAUGGAACCCAUAGAAGCAGAACUAGCCCAUAAACAUGACAGCAGUGAUUUAAAGAUGGCAGCUGUCCCAGAUGAGCCCAAACUAAUCCGCAAGCCCCUUGGUUUUGACCUCUUACCCCUUCUAUUUGAAGUGGUGACCGUGACUAAAGGGAAAGACGUGUCUGUGCUCAACCAGACCUGCACUCGACUUCUUGAGCUGUCCAACUGCUAUGUCCAAGCUGCAAAGGAAGCCUCGGCCAUCGUUGACUCAGUUGAUUGUCAGACGCUGGAAAGCUUUCGAUCAGAGUUGGUGUCACUGACACCUCUGCUUGUCCAGACGGCUCAGGAGACCGCGAUGAGUUCCGCAAAGAGCACAGAGGGCAUCUACAAACACUGCACACAGUUUUCUGACCUCAUUAACAACAUCCGGAAAGUUCUCAUACCUGUGGGAGGGGCAUGGUACCAUGCUGUUUAUGCAGAGCUCCGAGGGCCAGCCGGUGUUAGGCAAAGGCUAAAUGAAGUAAUGGCUUUAUGUGCAGAGGUCGUCCAGGUUUUGAUUUCUUCUGACAUAAAUCUGCAAACUGACUGUCAGGAAACAUUCAGCAUUUUACAAAGCAAACUGAGUAGAGCACAGACCAACACACGGCAUCUAGUUGAGUUUUCCGCAUCUCUGGAGACUCAGGAGGAUCAAUUUGGGGGAUUUUGUAUCCUCUGGGCCAUCUCGGUUCAGAUUGUUGUGAACUCUCUGGAUAAGAUUUUAGGGACAUUAACCGCAGUGACCCAGCCGAGUCCUCAGAAACAGCUCUCAGCUAUAUCUGAAAACCCGCUCCGAAUCCAAGAGGCAGCGAGGCUCACCAGCAUAAACUGCAAAAGUCCCUACAAGUCCAAGCAGUUGACAAAGUAUCAGAAUGAGCUCAAAGCACUCACCGAAGAUUAUCUCAAAGCUGCAGAAGAACUGGACGUGAUGCCAGGUGUUACACAACUUGCAAAAUCAAUUUUCUUUCACAGACGCCUCCUUGUUAAAAUCCGAGCUCUUUCCGUUCAGUUAAGCAAAGAAAACGGAGACUACGAAACUGCUUUUCAAAACACAGUUAGCAUUGCUUACGUUGCAGCCAAAAGUCUGCGACAGACCGACGCAGAUGACACACAGAAGAGAUUUGAAAGCGCGGCUCAGGCACUUGCUGGAAAUGUAAUGUCAGCAACUAAAAAAUUAGAUGACUGUCUGAACUACAUCCGAGACCCACGUGCCCGCUCCAACCUGAGGUCCAUCAGUGAUCACCUGUCCUUCCAGAUCUCAGACAUAGUAGGCCGGGCCAGACUGAUGAUGGAGACUCGUUACAUUUGUGACACGCUCAGUUUGGAUGUGCAGAUACGGUGUUGGUCUUCAAAGGCUCACUAUGUGAUGGAGGAGAUCCAGAAACAAGAUGGGAUUCACCAGGAGGCUAAAGAGUACAUUCAGGCUGGUCUACAAGGAAGAACACCUGAGGACGUCAGCGACGCUCUGGCUGUGAUACCAAAUACAAUCAAGGAGGUGGAAGUUCACGACAAAACACAGAAACAAGUUCAAGAAAUGACAGAUACAGCAGAAGUGAAUGAAUGUUACAAAAAAGAUGGUGCCGACUCUGCAGCAUUUAGGGUAGCCUCCAGUUUGACCCACACUUCAUUUUUUCUGAAGCAAAAGAGCACAAGUUGGGACCCAAAGGACAACAGAAUUGUUCAGGUGACAAGAAAGAUGGCUGACACCAUUUGUCACAUGACGCAGUACCUGAAGAAGAGAGGCCCUAUACUGAACAAAGAAGCUUUUGUUGCUGCAGCCAAAGACGUCAUAUUAAACUCCCAGUCAGUCACUCAGUUUUUCCGAGUGAUUGCCAACCACAGCCUGGAUAAACAGUGUACAGUCGAACUGUCCCUCAUCAUUGAGCAGAUUCUCACGAUCACCAAUCAGCUCAGCAUCAUCUCCAGUGUCAAUGCAGUAACACCUGGGUGCAGAUCAUCUGAUGAGAUUCUGGUGAAAAAUGCUCAAAACCUUCUGCAGACAAUCCUGCGAGGAGUGCAUGCAGCAGAAACAGCCAGCAUCACCGGUUUAAAGCAACCAGAACCAAACUCUGAUGAGGCCGAGGCCACGGCGUUGUGCUUCCAGUGGAAGAGAAACUUAGAGAUCCAUCGAGCUCAGCUGACCUCCAAUCAGGAAACAGACGAUUUGGGCUUAAGGAAGACGACGCCGCGCCCCAGUGCGCCCAGCCUGGCUCCUUUACUGAACAUUUAAAGAGACUUUCAAUGUCAUGUUGCCUUUACAAAGAAUUAACAUAAUUGUCAUUAAUAGAUUUUAUUGUACGUGUACACUAAAAAGAGCUGCUGUAUGAUUGUGAAAAGAAAUGGUUUAAAUUGUAUUUCCAAUAAAAAGUCUGCUUUGAACCACAA